UGAUGGUUUCUACAAUUAUGAUGUGCCCAUUAGCUGUUUAUAUAAGAAACUAUAUACUUUUCUUUGAAAUAGAAAUGUAUUACAUUUUUUAUGCUAAUUUAAAGAAUUAUGUCAACACGACGAGUUUUCGGAGACAUUCAGUCUGGACAGUGCCAUGAUGUGAAUACUGUUGAUACUGAUGAUGGGGAUGCUGAUGAUGUGGAUGUUGAUAAUGUUGAUGCCUCCGUUGAUCAACCAGGGACUGAAAUAGCUGGACAGUGCCAUGAUGUGAAUACUGAUGAUACUGAUGAUGUGGAUGCUGAUGAUGUGGAUGCCUCCAUUGAUCAACCAGGGACUGAAAUAGCUGGACAGUGCCAUGAUGUGAAUACUGUUGAUACUGAUGAUGGGGAUGCUGAUGAUGUGGAUGUUGAUAAUGUUGAUGCCUCCGUUGAUCAACCAGGGACUGAAAUAGGUCAACUCGAAGCAGUCGUAAAUGCUGGGAUUGGCACAAACCAUGAAAAACGAACAGCCACAGUCAGAACACCUUGGAGCUAGGCUGAAGAAGACGUGGUAGAAAAUGGCCUUAAAAAGUGUUUUAAGCUUAAUACUCCACCAAAAAUAAGUUAGAAUGUCUUGAACUUAUAAAGAACUUAUAAAGAAGUAUCCAAUUCUUGCCAGGCGAUCAAGGACAAUGGUGAAAGGGUACAUUAGAACAAGGCAACUGGCCUUGCAAUAGGCUCAUCAAAAAGCAAACAAUUAAACAAACAGAUACUUUAAAUUAUAGAAUAGACUAGAUUGCAUUUUGAUUUAAGCUUUAUAUCUGAAUACCAUCAGUGAUUGACAUUUUCUUUGGAUAUUGUUCUAUUUUCAUUUAUUUUUUAACAAUUAAAAAUUUGAAAUUGAAUAUGUAGGUGAUUUUGCUAGA